CUGAUCAAGACGUAAUUUUUAUUUCGCAUUCAUUAAUAAAAAGUGUAUACAAGCCAACAAAAAAGCAAAACAGUUGUUCUUUAUUGAAAAUUAUUUUAUUUUACACACCACACUUGUUCAUGACAAAACGAAAGAAAGACACAGAAUUUUUUAAGUAGUGAGGAUUCGCAGAUAAAUAAUUCAAUAAUACACAAAAAAAAACGUUGAUGAUUUUUUUUUCACUUUUUACUGUUUUAUAGACAAUUAAUUACAACAAACAAACAACAAGUCAAAAGAGAAUACAAGAAAUUGGUCGUCGUCGCGUGUGUGUUUGUUCAAAAAAAAAAAAACAACAUCGAUGAUAAAAUAAAAUUUAUAUAAAGAAAGAAAUGAAAUGAGAUAAUACAGAAAAAAUAUAUAAAAGGGUCAGAUUAUGCAACAACAAAAAUAAAAAUAAAAUUAAAUAAAAUAAAAAAGAAAGUUCGAUGAGCAUUUAAUUGUAGGAAAAAUUCAAAAAGGAAGCAAAUGCAAUAAAAAUUCAAAUUCAAAAGUGAAUAAAUAUUAAAAAAGUGAUCAAGGUCAUCUUUAUGUUAAAUUUUUAAAAAUUCAGAUAGAAGAAAGUGCAUAACCUAACGCAAGGACAAAUCGAAAAAAAUAAUAAAAAUUGUGGUUUAUUAAGGAUUUUUCCGAGACAAAGUAACUUUUCAAAUAAUAAAGAAAGAAAGACUUUGCAAUUAAUUUUACUCAGUGGACAGAAAAGUACGACCGCAUAAUAAAUCUCACACACAAAUACAACAAAAAAAAUUAAAGAAAAUCAAGUAGUGAGAAAAAAAUCGAGGGUCAGCUUGUAAAAAAAUAUUUAUUUACUUCCCUGUAAAGUUUGUCACGUUUAACGAGAUGGCGUUUAUUUGUUUCAAAUAGAGAAAAAUUAUAUUUUAAUCACACAAAAAAAUUAAAUAAAUAAAUUAGCAAGAGACACUUUUGAUAAGACAAUAAAAAUUGCUAGCAAAAUGGCAUUAAGGAAGAAUAGUCGUACAAAAAGUUUGUCCUUAAGUGACGAUUUUCCGUUACGUCUUUCACGUCCCCGAAAUUCACUCAUCGCGAAACGCACGGAGGACCCAACCAAGAUAAUCAAAUAUAUCGAUGAUAAUAUUAUUGGGAAAGGGACGCCGUUUUUGGGUCCCUAUGGCAGAAGGAAGUUGGUUUAUGCAAAUUAUCAAGCAUCUGGAAGGUCGCUCCAAUUUUUAGAAGAUUAUAUCGUAAAAGAAGUCGUUCCUGCUUUCGGUGACACAAAAUGCGGGUCAUCUGUAACCGGAUUGCAGUCUCAAUUAUAUUACAAAGAAUCACGUGAUUUAAUAAAACUAGCUACCAGUGCAUCUGACGACGACGAAAUAAUCUUUUGUGAUAAUCCGCACGAGAGAAUCUGUUAUCUCCUGUCGAAAGAGUCGUCCAACAAUCAGAGGAGACACGGCAGCUUCAGCAGCGACAUCGACAUCAAAAUCGACAGUUCCAACAAUGAAAGUGAAAAUAGUUCGCCGAACAGCCAUCAAACGGACAACAAUCCCUUCUACUACACCAACAGCGAAAAUAAGCCGAUAAUUUUCGUAAACAGCACAGAACCGUCGGAAUUUCUGCAGCCGUGGAUCGAUGCCGGUGCCCAAGUCGAAAGAAUUUCCGAGAAUCACGAAGGCUUCCUGGAUCUCACAGAUCUCGAACGUCGCUUGCAAUACUACACAGAAACAAAACGGCCACUUGUGGGCUUCUUCACGAGCGUUUCCCGCUUAACGGGCAUGCUGGCGGACGAUGUGGCGACAUCAAUUUUACUGCAUCAGUACAAUGCCCUGUCGAUUUGGGACUACAGUUUGACGGUGUCGUGCGCGCCAAUCAACAUGAAUCCAGCAUUGCCGGGCGCCAACAAAGAUGCGCUAUUUUUCCAUGGCAAAUCUGUGGUGGGGGGAGUGCAGUCGUCAGGUGUUUUGAUAAUCAAGAAACAACUUGUGAAAGAUGCUGCCUCGGUUGUUUGUGAUAGCUCCAGUGUGGUUGAAGUAGUGAGAACCGGCUUGACAAUCCAGUUGAAAGAAUCGCUCGGCACUCAAACAAUUAUGAAUCGACAAGAAAAAAUUUGCAAACAAAUGCUUUCUCAUGUAAGAACAAUCCCCGAAAUCGUGUUAAUCGGUCCAAAUUGCUCAAGCACAAAACGUGUUAGCACGCUCUGUUUUAUGGUUCGUCACCCACGAGGAUCAUUUUUGCAUCAUCGAUUCGUUGUCGCCGUGCUAAACGACGUCUUUGGUAUCCAAGCAUCUGCGCACAAUUUCAUGGGAACGGCAAUCGGUAUCAGCAAUCAAUUAGCUGUGGAAUACGAACGGAUAUUAUCUGAUGAGGCGACAACACGUGACUUAUCUCCCGGAUAUACCCGCAUCACGCUUCCCUUUUUCAUGUCCGACGCCGAAGUGGGUUUUAUUUUGGAAGCCCUCAAAAUGGUCGCAACUGAGGGCUGGAAGCUUUUGCCGCAAUACGAGAUCGACGUCAAGUCCAAGGAGUGGCGUCAUCACUCGAAUUCCCUCGCAAAAGAACGCAAAUUUCUCGGUGCCAUUCGUUACAUCGACGGCAAGAUGCUUUUUUCGGAUCGUCGCAUCUCUGGCGCCGGCUCGUAUCCCCAAAGUUACUCCGAUGUCCUGCAAACGGCGCGAAAUCUCUUCAAUCGUUCACGUAAAAUGGCCAUUCGAGCGACGCCAUCCGACAAUCUUAACCUUAAAUUGCAAAAAGAGACGGAGGAACGUCUUCGGUGGUACAUGUUGCCAGGCGAGGCGCACGAAUUGCUACUCGGCCACUCACAAUUUGUCAAGACAAACGUGCCCUUUGACCCGAAUAAGCUCAUGGAGCCACCGUCUCUCUUCAGUAUUCACCGGCACAAUAGUUUGUCGGCACUCGACGUAAAGCGCUUCAAGAGUCAAAGUCUGCCAGCGUCACCAGUACAAAUGUCGAUGAUGCGCCAAUCGUCGAAUCCGCAUUCGCCGGUGCCAAAAUAUCCGGAAUCAGCGUCGCCACCCGUUGUUCGCUUCUCUCUAGGUGGUGAAGUCACGUGCAUCACGAAUUUUGUUCCCGUUCAAGUGCAACAAUUGUGCGCUGAAGAAAAACUCGGACCCGUGAGUCGCAAUAGAAUUAGAUGCUAUAGCACAAGUUCGGCCCAAUGUACCACUAACCAAAGUAUUAAACGUAAAUCGCCAUUUACGUUGCAAAAGCAAAGGAGUUUGUACUUUGCUAGUGCAUUGACACCGGACGAACGGCGUUGUAAGAUACGAACGUGCUCCAUGAGUAGCCAAACUGAUCAAAUUUCCAUCGAGGAAAUUGACAGUGUUGCAAUCACGACGCCGAUAUCACCCAGCGACGAAGUAUUUGCGGACACAAAUACCAAUGGUAGAAUUUGUGGAAGCAGUUACAGCGAUUGCAAUGAAGAUAUUCAAGCCUACGUGCAGGAAGUCACGAAAGAGCUUGCGACUGAAAUCAAGUCAGAAAUUCGAGAAGUAAUCUCAAAAGUUGAAGAUGUUCUGGAGAACACAGAAAACAUCGAUCUUAACACUCAAACAUUAAAUUCACUGAAUAAUUUGAGCAGUGCCGAGGAAUUGAAAAACGACAACGUGUCUGCGGACGAAGUUGUCGAAUACUUGAAGGACUUUGCCAAAGAAAUGACGAGCGAAAUUAAGUCGGAAAUCCGUGAGUCCGUCAACGAAAUCAUCUCGCCCGAAUUGUGUCAGAUACGUAAAAAUUCGCCGCCAGACAUUUUGGAACGGAGACACUUAUUUAAACAACGUCUCAGUGACACGAGUCACGAAAAUCGGGUAAAACCGGAAACCUCUACGAAAAAUCGUUCGGAAUCUGUUCCAGCGCCGAAGGAGACGCCGCAACCGCAGGCCAUUUGUCCGUAUACCGGAGCUGUCUCGAAAAUGAUGGCGGACUUGUCAGUGACUGCAUCGCAAGAUUCCGGCAUUAAUUUGUCCUUUUCCGACAACGAAGGGCAUCGUCAUUGCGAAAAAGUCCGUACCAUUUCCUCAGGCGGCGAGUCACUCGACAUGGAAUUGUCUUUCAAAAAACAAACACAAGCCGUUGUGUAUAAUCCAAAUUUCCGUCGUGGUUCCAGUAUUUUGCGAAGCUCGCCCGAGACGGACAUCGAUACGGAAGCCGGCAAAUGGCAGAAUUUACCGAAGGAAAUCUGGAAACAAGCGGCUGAGACAAUAGACGAGUUUGAAAUGCUAAAAGACGGUGAUAGAGUAAUGGUAGCAGUAUCCGGUAGUAGUUCCUCUUUGUGUUUGUUGCACCUUAUUCGGCAAUUUUGUCGAGCACGUGGCUUGCACGUCCUUCUGGGUGCCGUAACGAUUGGCGACUCGUCGAUGGAUCCGCGAGCGUUGAUGUUGUAUAUGCGGAAUUUAGGUGUUGAGUAUUUUUAUGAGCAAGACAUCCCAAAUGAGACUUUGCGUCAGAGACUUUGCUUUGUCGCACGCAAACACAAGUACAAUGUUCUCGCAACGGCACCAUCUCUCGAUAAACUCGCCAAAAAUUUCCUGAUCUCUGUGUUGAACAAAGGCAAGUUGAGUACAAUUCAGCCGCGAAAUUGUGAGGGUGACAUAAAAAUUGUGCGACCGUUCAUUUAUAUCCGAGAACAUCUCUUUGAAGAGACUUGCAGUCAGAAAAAUAUGCCGUCGCGUCCCUCAAAGUUGUUCACACAAGCCUUGGAUGGCACAAACAGUAUUUUGCGAGUGCAGGAAAUGAUCAAUCCAGGUGUUUAUGAAAACAUUAAAAAUGCACUCAAGCCUCUUAUGAAGCUAGAGUAUCCCAAGUCACAGUAUGAGCUUCUGAAGAUGAGCUUAACGACACGGGAGUGAUCAUGUUGUACAAGUUAUUUCAAAAAUAUGUUAAUAAAAU